AUGACAAUAGGGAUGUCACCUUUUGAAGCGUUAUACGGUCGGAGGUGUAGAACUCCGCUAUGUUGGCACGAAUCCGGCGAAGGCGUAGUACUUGGACCGGAAAUCAUACGAGAAACUACAGAUAAGGUAAAGUUAAUCCGGGAAAAGAUGAAGGCUUCACAGAGUAGACAGAAAAGAUAUCAUGAUAAGCGAAGGAAGGAGUCAGAAUUUGAAUCGGGUGACCAUGUGUUUCUAAGAGUCACGCCUGUGACUGGUGUUGGUCGUGCCCUGAAGUCUAAGAAGUUGACUCAACGAUUUAUUGGUUCUUAUCAAAUUACGGAGAGAGUUGGGACCGUUACUUAUAGGGUGGCAUUACCGCCUAACCUGUCAAAUCUACACGAUGUGUUUCAUGUGUCACAACUUCGGAAGUAUGUUCCAGACCCAUCUCACGUGAUUCAUCUGGAUGAUGUGCAAGUGAGAGAGAAUCUUACAGUAGAGACGAUGCCGAUUCGGAUUAUAGAUCGUGAGAUAAAGUCCAUGAGAGGUAAAGAUAUCCCGUUGGUGAAAGUAGUCUUGACGGGGACUACCGGAGAAAGCAUGACGUGGGAAAUGGAGAGCAAGAUGAAGGAAUCCUACCCCGAGUUGUUUGAGCGAGAUUCUGAUUCAGAUGAAUCAAUAUCUGAUUCAGAGUCUGAUAGAUAG